UUUAAUUAAACGAGGCUGUUUUUAAUGUGAAAUUGCUAUACAUUAUUUAGUAUAAAACAUUAUACCUACUGUAACUGUACUUGCGGUUAUUUUAUUUGUCUACAGUAUUGACAACACCAUAAUGUGAUUCACUGGAUUUUAAGUCAGGACUGUAAAAUUUCGAUUUGUUUGGUUAGUACUUACAUUGCUAGAAGUAGUAGUAUAUUUAGUUGUUAUUAGUCACCCGCUCGCACCACACUGCGACUCGGCACGGCAUGGCUGAAGAUAAGACCAUGGCUGCUGCAAGCAAGCAGGCAGUCGGCGGCGACGAUGGGCUCAGCAUUGUAUCCACCAUAUACAGAUUCUUCAAGAAGGUGUCGAUAGUGGGCGCGGUGUACCUAGUCGGGUACAUGCAGUGGAGCGUGGCGUGGCUCAUCACGCCGGUGAUCCUGUCCGUGCUGCGCGACCAGUGGCGCAAGGAGAGCGAGUACCGCCGCGAGCUCGCCAAGGCCGCCGCGUCUACGUCAGAGAAGGAUGUGGUGUUGGCGCGGCUGUCGGAUCUGCCGGCUUGGGUAUUCUUCCCAGAUGUAGAACGUGCAGAGUGGCUGAACAGAAUCCUGCUGCAAGUGUGGCCCAACGUGAACCACUUCGUGCGCGCGCUGGUGAAGGACAGCAUCGAGCCGGCGGUGGCGGAGUCGCUCGCCAACUACAAGCUCACCGGGUUCAAGUUUGAGCGGAUGAUCCUCGGGACUAUUGCUCCGCGCGUCGGGGGCAUCAAGGUGUACGACAAGAACGUCUCCCGCGACGAGAUCAUGAUGGACAUCGACCUGUUCUACGCGGGAGACUGCGACAUCUCGUUCGUGCUGCAGGGCAUCCGCGGCGGGAUCAAGGAUCUGCAGAUCCAUGGCAUGGUACGCGUGGUGAUGCGGCCGCUGAUCUCCAAGAUGCCGCUAGUCGGGGGGCUGCAGGUGUUCUUCCUCGACAACCCCAACAUCGACUUCAACCUGGUCGGGGCUGCUGAUGUACUGGAUAUGCCUGGGUUCAGCGACAUCCUCCGUCGCUGCAUCGUGGAGCAGGUGGCGCGGCUCAUGGUGCUGCCCAACAAGCUGCCCAUCAAGCUCAGCGACGAGAUCCCCACCGUCGACCUGCGCAUGCCCGAGCCAGAGGGAGUCCUUCGUAUUCAUCUCGUCAAAGCUCAAGAUCUUAUGAAAAAAGAUAUAUCUAUGCUUGGUAAGGGUAAGUCGGAUCCGUACGCGAUCAUCACAGUCGGCGCGCAGCAGUGGAAGACGAAGCACAUCGACAACAACGUCAACCCGCAGUGGGACUUCUGGUGCGAGUCGAUGGUGCGGAGCACGGCUAACCGCGUCGUCGUGAAGCUCUUCGACUGGGACCUCACGGGGCGGGACGAGAACCUGGGCAGAUGCGCGCUUGAUAUUGCACAAGUUGUACGCGCUGGGCGUUUGGACACGUGGCAAACUCUGCAACAAGCGAAGCACGGGAAAAUCCACCUGCGUCUGUCGUGGCACCGCCUGUCCACCGACGUGUCCGAUCUGAACAUUGCGCUGCGUGAGACGCAGGUGAUCCGGAACGCGGAGUUGAGUUCAGCUGUGCUCUCCGUCUACAUCGACUCCUGCAAGAAGCUACCGAACGCGCGAGCCGCCUCCAAGCCGGACCCGUACCUGCAAGUGACGCUCGGCAAGAAGACGGAGACCACGGGCGUGGUGAUGCGCACCGACGACCCCGUGUAUGAGAUCGGCUACUCGUUCUUAGUACAGAACCCGGAGAUUGACGUGCUGGAGAUCAAGGCUAUGGACCAGAAGACCAACUCAGCCCUGGGCAUGCUGACCUACCCGGUGGGCGCGCUGCUGAAACAGAAGGACCUCAGUCUCCUGACGCAGCCGCUGAACCUGCAGCGCGCCGGGCCCGAGACCAAGAUCAUCAUUAGCAUGCAACUCAAGAUAGUGAAAGAAGCGAUCCGCGAAAGCGACAUAGAGCAAGAGGAGGCGCCCAAGACCCCCACGGAGCCGUCCCCGCCCCCGCGCCCCGCCGCGCCCAAGCCCGCCCCCGCCCCCGCGCCUUCCACAGACGCUGGUGAUGGGGCAGCGGCGGCUGUGCCGUCAGCACCUUCCUCCGCGCCCGCUGAAGGGAAGCGUGUGGAGAACGGCGCCCCCUCGUCGGCUGACGACACAUCCGGGGAGUCCGUGCCCGUCGAACAACUGAUACGGGCUGAGGAUGCGACUCAAGACUCCGAAUUGCCGUCAAGAUCGGAUUCUCCCAAACUCGUUCACAGAACCUCUUCUAUCACCACGUCGGCUGGAGAAGCUGGUUUGGGCCGCAUCCUGAUCUCUCUGAGAUACAGCACACAACAUCAAACACUCUACGUAGUUGUACAUAAGAUUAUGAACAUACCGCUGAAGGACCCCACCAACGUCCCGGACCCGUACGUGAAGCUGUACUUGCUGCCCGGACGCUCCAAGGACUCCAAGAGGAAGACCGCUGUGAUCAAAGACAACUGCAACCCUGAGUACGAUGAGCAGUUCGAGUACGUGAUCCCACUUGCGGAGCUGCACUCGCGCCAGGUGGAGGUGUCGGUGGCCACGCACAAGGGCUUCCUGGGGGGCUCGCCCGUCAUCGGGCAGGUAAUCGUGAAUCUCAACCAGUACGACUUCAGGGAAGCGCGCACACUCUGGUUUGAUCUUCUACCAGAGACCACGAGAGAUUAAUUUUCACUCAUAUGAAAUUUGGUCCACCUACAGGAUAUAAUCGGCUUUCUUAUGAAUGUUGCCAUAAAUAUUAAUGUUUUUGCUUAUCAGCAGUCAAAAAUCACAUUUCGUCCUUAUUUCAUUUCUAAGUACUUAAAAAUAAAAACGCGAAUAUUUUUUUGUUAAAAUGCUUUUUCUAUUUUUGUUACGAAUCUCUUAGUUAUGUUUUAACUAUAAUUUAAAGUCAAUAUUUAAGCUAAUCUCUAUGUAUAAAGAGAAUAAACAUGUUGUGUUUUACAUUUAUGAUUACCAUUGUUGAAGUUUGUAAAACUAUGUCAAGUUCAUACCUCAUCUACACUACAAUGUAAGAUAAAAUCAAAAUAUUUUAAUGUGUUGUUAAUUUGUAUUUAUUAGCACAAUACAUUUUGUCUCAAAAUCAUAUGAAAUACCACAAUUCAUGUUUUGUUUGCAUCUAACAUGUUGCUUUCGAUGUUGGAUUAUAUUUCGCUCUAAUGAAACUGUUAUUGCUUUAUACAAGUUUACAAUAAAAAUGAAAUAAAUAUUAUUUUAUACA